AUGGCGCAGUACAAGGGCACGAUGCGGGAGGCCGGCCGGGCCAUGCACCUGAUCAAGAAGCGGGAAAAGCAGAAGGAGCAGAUGGAGGUGCUGAAGCAGCGGAUCGCCGAGGAGACCCUCAUCAAGUCGAAGGUGGACAACAAAUUCUCGGCUCAUUACGACGCCGUGGAGGCCGAGCUGAAGUCGAGCACGGUGGGCCUGGUGACCCUGAACGACAUGAAGGCCAAGCAGGAGGCCCUGCUCAAGGAGCGGGAGAUGCAGCUGGCCAAGAGGGAGCAGCUGGAGGCGCGGCGGCUGCAGCUGGAGGCACUGCGGGAGAAGGAGCGUAAGCAGGCGCAGAAGCGAAAGAUUUGCAGCCUGUCCUUCACGCUCGACGAGGGCGACGAGGGCAACGUGGAUGAGGAGGUGGCGGCUAGGGAGCAGCCCACGUCAGCGGGCCUGAGCAAGAAGAAGAACCUGGGGAAGAAUCCAGAUGUGGACACGAGCUUCCUGCCUGACCGCGACCGCGAGGAGGAGGAGAACCGGCUGCGGGAGCAGCUGCGGCAGGAGUGGGAGGCCAGGCGCGAGAAGGUGAAGCGCGAGGAGAUGGAGGUCACGUUCAGCUACUGGGACGGCUCCGGGCACCGGCGCACCGUGCGCAUCCACAAGGGUGGCACCGUGCAGCAGUUCCUGAAGAGGGCCCUGCAGGGGCUGCGAAAGGACUUCCGUGAGCUGCGGUCGGCGGGCGUGGAGCAGCUCAUGUACAUCAAGGAGGACCUGAUCCUGCCCCACUACCACACCUUCUACGACUUCAUCGUCACCAAGGCCCGGGGCAAGAGUGGGCCGCUCUUCAACUUCGACGUGCACGAUGACGUGCGGCUGCUGAGCGACGCCACCAUGGAAAAGGAUGAGUCACACGCGGGCAAGGUGGUGCUGCGGAGCUGGUACGAGAAGAACAAGCACAUCUUCCCCGCGAGCCGCUGGGAACCCUACGACCCUGAAAAGAAGUGGGACAAGUACACGAUCCGAUGACCCCCUUCCCGCUCCUCUGAGGC